ACGUGCGGACGCCCAGGAGGACGGCCCAGCCCGGCGCGUGCGCACUGGUUACGCAGCCUGUUUGCAGCGCGCGCUGCCGGGCGGAAGUGACAAUUGCAGCCGCACGUGGGCUCGGCGCAAUGGAGGAGGAAAUGCAUACUGCCACCAAAAUCCGCGCUGAAACUGGAACAGGGUCCAGCCCUCGGGGUCCUGGCUGCAGCCUCCGGCACUUUGCCUGCGAACAGAACCUGCUGUCGCGGCCAGAUGGCUCUGCUUCCUUCCUGCAAGGUGACACCUCUGUCCUGGCGGGUGUGUACGGGCCGGCCGAGGUGAAGGUCAGCAAAGAGAUUUUCAACAAGGCCACACUCGAAGUGAUUCUGAGGCCGAAGAUCAGGCUGCCUGGUGUUGCAGAGAAGAGCCGGGAGCGGCUGAUCAGGAACACGUGCGAGGCGGUGGUGCUGGGCACAUUGCACCCCCGCACCUCCAUCACCGUGGUGCUGCAGGUUGUCAGCGAUGCCGGCUCUCUCCUGGCCUGUUGUCUGAAUGCCGCCUGCAUGGCACUGGUGGAUGCAGGUGUGCCCAUGCGGGCUCUCUUCUGUGGGGUCACCUGUGCCCUGGACUCUGAUGGGACCCUUGUGCUGGAUCCUACAUCCAAGCAAGAAAAGGAGGCCCGGGCAGUCCUGACCUUUGCCCUGGACAGCGUGGAACGGAAGCUGCUGAUGUCCAGCACCAAGGGGCUCUACUCGGACGCUGAGCUCCAGCAGUGCCUGGCUGCGGCCCAGGCCGCUUCGCAACACGUCUUCCGCUUCUACCGGGAAUCGCUGCAGAGGCGUUACUCCAAGAGCUGAGGCAAGCUGGGGCAAGGAGCCGCUCCCAUUGCCUCCACCCACUCACCCCCUACAGCCUGAAGCAAACCAGCAGCCCAGCCUUGCCUCUCUGUCCCAUGGGCUCCUGUGAGCCUGCAGCUCUGUAACCAGAGGGCUCCUGUGGGGAGGCCUUGGCCUGUGACAGCCCCCAGGCCUGGGGGCACAGAUCCCCCCAGCAAGGAUAACAUUCAAAGGAGCUCACAUUUAUGGAAUGGAUGAGUCAAUAAAUUAAUUCACUUUAACAAA